AUGUGCUCGAUAGACGUCCUCUAUACCUGCCAGGAUGACGACGUACCUCCUAUACUACCUGCCGCUACCAUCAUCGAAGCUUGCAACAAUGCGCCAAAGACAGAGCUUGGUUGCGUUCCCACCACUCUAAUGUUUUCUUCCGAGCUUGUUAUCAAGCACGUUCGCGUCACACUCGAAGAAUGCCGCAAUCAGGUCAGAGCGUACGAACUGCUGGAUCCAUCCAUCGUCGUGGUGCCCAAAGUGUACCGCUACUUUUCGCACAACGACAAUAUCUAUCUCGUGAUGCAGAGGAUACAUGGCCAAGUCAGAAAAAGAGUCGAAGAUUUGCAGAGUGUGAGGCGUAUAGCUGAUAUCAUCCGCCAUCUCCAAACGCACAAAAGCAACAUUCCCGGGCCAUUGGGCGGUGGCAUCUCUCGAGGUCUAUGGUGGGAGAACGAGGACGCGGAUUUACGGGGGGAGGUGGCCAGGUUCGCGGAAUACAUCAAACGCAGAUUGAAGGGUCCGCAACAAGGGUGGACCUUCGACAUGGGUGAGUUUGUCAUGAAUCACAACGACAUUGCGCCCAGGAAUAUCAUCUGGAUGCCUGACGGAAGCAUCUCUCUGAUUGACUGGGCUCACGCUGGUUUCUAUCCUUGGCUCUUGGAAUUGGCAAUCCUGGAAUUCAACACUGACGGAACUGAGGAUUUGGGCUUCACCAUACCCCUUAUUGCGGAAUUUGAGCCUCUGAGCGAAGCCGAUCAGAAAAACAAGGCUUCUUUGCAGAUGGCUUGGUUCAACGGUCACAGGUAUCCAGUGUAA